UAUAAAUAAAUGUGUGUCCCUGCAUAUUUUAAAUAUAAUUUUCAUUAUAUUAUGUGAAGAAAUAUCACAAGUUCUCUCCCACAUACAAAACUAGGCUUUCAUAAUUGGGAUUCUGUUUUAACCUCGCCUACAUAACAACUUCUUCUUAACAUUAUGUAUCGGCCAAACAAUAUGUAUUCAAAUGAAAAUUAUAUGCACAAUUUAAGAGAUAAACGGUUUAAGAGUAACCGACCACAUGGUAAUUUUUUGAAUAGAAACAUACCCUAUAGUAAUAGUCACUCUUUUGGAAAUCAGUUUAGCGAUGAAUACUGGUGUGAAACAUGUGACAGAGGUUUCAGAACUCAACAAAUUCUUGAAAACCAUAAAAAACAACAUCAGAAAUGCAAUAUUGAUGGCUGUCAGUUUAUAGCGCAUCCAAAAGUGAUUAUUAAACAUGUUCAAAUGCAGCAUUCAACUGGUUUAUAUAAAAAAAUUGCAAAACUUAACAAUCCUGAAGAAAUUGAAAAAUGGAGAGAAGAUAGAAGGAAGAAAUAUCCAACUAAAUCCAAUAUUGAAAAGAAAAAUUCCGAAAUCAAAGAAAAAAUUGAAAGAGGGGAAAAAAUGGCUUUGGGGGCUCGUAAGAAGAAUACAGAUAUGCAACAACAAAUAAAGAGAAAGAGGCCAUUUGACAAUCAUAGUUGUCGGAAACAUGAUAUAAAAAAGAAGGACAUUCUGUUGAAAACUACUGAAAAACAAUUUGUUCCUAAAAAAAUUUGUAAAAUUAUUUCUAUUGCUGUUGAAUCAAGAAAACUUAAGCCAUUCCCUGGCCUUCAGCAUCUACUAGACGAAAGUAAUAUUAAAGAACCAGCACCAGAAAUAGCUGCCGAUAUGAUAGAAGAUGAUGUAUUUGUUAUGGAUGACAAUCACAAGAAUACUUUAAUGUCAGAACCAGUUGUAUGUGGUGCCUUAACAUCUCUGAUUAAUGAUUACGGAUCAUCUGAUGAAGAUGAUACCAAAAAGGAUUCUUCAGAUGCGAUAGGAAAUGUAAUUAAUCUACAACCAAUUAAAAAAAUAAAAAUAGCAGAAGAAAGGAUAGUUCAAAAUGAUUAUGACAUACAAAAGCAAGAUAUUGAUGAAAAUGACAGUGGACCUGAAGAAGUAAAAUUUGCUAAAGAUGACACUAUCAAUAGAAUAACACUAGAGGCAGAUGUCAAACCCCAAAAACAAUUUACAAACAAACAAUCUCAGGCCAAUUUUCAUAGUAAAAAAAUUGUUAAAAAUACGUAUAAGCGUAAAAUUCCCUCCACUCUCUUAGAAAAACUGUUAAGUAAUGAGAUACGCCAAGAAAGAAACAUUGUGUUGCAGUGUAUUAGAUAUAUCAUAAAAAGUGAUUAUUUUAAAAAGGAAAAUAAAAAUUGAAAAUAUUAUAAAUAAAUUUAUGUUUCAA